CAGCUAAAAGCUGCAUGAUGUGUGUAAUGUACGCCCAUAAGCCAUCCACCAACGCUCUCUCUCUUAUUACCUCAUCUCACCCCUUCAUCCAAUUCAACAACCAUCCUUCACAGAUUCAAACCAAAACCAAUUUCGCUUUUAUUAAAAUACAUACGUACAUAAACCCUAUUCCAAAUUCCAAUCCAAAUCCCAAUCUCACCCAAACAUAAAAAUAUAACUAAUUCACUUUUCAUUCUCAGUUGUUUCAUCAAAUCACUACCAUAUAAUUCACAUAUUCCAAGAUAAAUAGAAAAACAAAAAAGAGUGUUGUUAGAACUGGAGCGAGCAAGUUGUUGUCUUGUGAGAAAUGCCAAGUGUGGCUGUGAAGCUCUACAGCGUAUUCUUCAAGUUCCUCUUGAAGCACCGUUUACAAAAUCGGAUUCAAGCUCAACCCGACCACAAUAAUAGUAAUUCUGACCCGUUUGGCGUUACUUCACGACCCGAAGAAUCCGUCGCUAAUUCUAACCCUUCUUUCACCGACGGCGUCGCCACCAAAGACAUUCACAUCGAUCCUUUCACUUCUCUUUCCAUUCGAAUCUUCCUUCCUCAAUCUGCACUUUCCCCACCCGAACCUCAUUCCAAACCUAAGUCCAACCCUAAACAUGAUCCCGAACCUGGAUCUGUCACUUCUCGACGCUAUAGUUAUGGUCCUCCACACAAGGAAGAGCUUCGAGGGAACAAUUUCGGAGCUAGUAAUGGUGUCGAGGGUUUGAAUUUGAUGAGCGCCGGCGUUGGUGCCGAUGCUGGAUUGUACCGUGGAUAUGCGCCGGCGUUGGAUAAUCGCCGGAGAAAACUUCCGGUGAUGUUGCAGUUUCAUGGUGGUGGUUGGGUUAGUGGGAGCAAUGAUUCUGUGGCGAAUGAUUUGUUUUGCCGGCGGAUCGCCAAGCUUUGUGAUGUGAUUGUGAUUGCUGUUGGGUAUAGGCUGGCGCCGGAGAGCCGGUAUCCGGCUGCGUUUGAGGAUGGGUUGAAGGUGUUAAAUUGGUUGGCGAAGCAGGCGAAUUUGGCUGAGUGUAGUAAGUCAAUGGGGAUUGGAAGAGUUGGAGGAGGAAGCCAUGGUGGUGGUGGUGGUGGAGUUAGUGAGUUUAACAAAUCAGAUGCUCAUAGGCAUAUUGUUGAUUCAUUUGGAGCUUCAGUGGUUGAGCCUUGGUUGGCUACUCAUGGAGAUCCAACAAGAUGUGUUCUUGUUGGAGCAAGUUGUGGUGCAAAUAUUGCAGACUAUGUGGCUCGAAAAGCUGUGGAAGGACGCAAGCUUUUCGAGCCUGUCAAGGUGGUAGCACAGGUCCUGAUGUAUCCAUUUUUUGUUGGAAGUGUUCCCACACGUUCUGAAAUAAAAUUAGCAAACUCCUACUUUUAUGACAAGGCUAUGUGCAUGCUUGCAUGGAAACUUUUCCUACCUGAAGAAGAAUUUAGUUUGGACCAUCCAGCUGCUAAUCCCCUGGUCGUAGGCCGGUCUCCUCCUUUAAAGUUUAUGCCUCCAACAUUAACAGUAGUGGCAGAGCUUGACUGGAUGAGGGAUCGUGCCAUUGCUUACUCAGAGGAGCUCCGGAAGGUGAACGUUGAUGCACCUGUUCUUGAGUAUAAGGAUGCAGUACAUGAAUUUGCAACACUUGAUGUACUUCUCAAAAGCCCUCAGGCCCAGGUUUGUGCCGAGGACAUUGCCAUCUGGGUCAAGAAAUAUAUUUCACUUCGAGGUCAUGAAUUCUCGUAUUGAGUAGGAUAUAAAAAAUUAUGAAGAUGAUUCGCUGGAAGAUAAUUACCUUCCCUCAACUUCGAAAAUAGCUUCAGAUCACUCCUUUGCUGAUAUUACCCAGGAUCAGUUGUCUUGAUUGGUUUUGAUGCUUGAUAAGGUGUUGAAUGUUGACCGGUUCCAUGUUUGUACCACCUGCCAGUUCUUUUGUAAGAUAGACUUGUCUGAGAUAGUAGGAUUAGUUCAACCAUUGAGAUGCAUAUACGUCAUGCGUACCUUUCGACAUUCCUGUGCCAUUUUUUCAUGUGUAUUAUCAUGUCAUAUUCCUCAUUGAAAUAUAUAAAAUAUAUUUACCGUUGGUUCUUAGUUUGUGGAUCUCAUUUACCAUGAA